UACUCGACAAUAUUUGUCUAGAAUCGCUUAUUUUCUCAAACUAAUAAUAAAAAGAGCGGGAAAAGAAACAAAGGACACAGUCAGGGUGUAGUUCAAACUUUGAGCGGUUGGCGGCGGCGCAUGUGAUUGGCUCUUAUUCCGCUCGUGACGCUUUGAGUUGUCCAAUGAAAUACAAGUUUAUGGGUUUGGUCUAUUAAAAGAGGCGAUCAGAGAGUUUCUGUAUCUCUUUGAAAAUUAGCAUAGGGCGGUGAAUAAAUGCCUCUGUGUCGCUUCUGACUUCACAUUGCUUUGUCAAGUUUAUGUUCAAAAAGCAUCAUGCCUGAACCAGCAAAGUCCGCGCCUAAGAAGGGCUCCAAGAAGGCCGUCACGAAGACCGCCGGUAAAGGAGGAAAGAAGCGCAAGAGGUCCAGGAAGGAGAGCUACGCUAUCUACGUCUACAAAGUCCUGAAGCAGGUUCAUCCUGACACCGGCAUCUCUUCCAAGGCGAUGGGCAUCAUGAACUCUUUCGUCAACGACAUCUUCGAGCGCAUCGCCGGUGAGUCGUCUCGUCUCGCUCACUACAACAAGCGCUCCACCAUCACUUCUAGAGAGAUCCAGACCGCCGUGCGUCUGCUGCUGCCCGGAGAGCUGGCCAAACACGCCGUGUCCGAGGGCACCAAGGCCGUCACCAAGUACACCAGCUCCAAGUAGAGAUUCAACCGAGACUCUCAGCGACCCAAAGGCUCUUUUAAGAGCCACCCAACUUCUCCUUUAAAGAGCUUCUGUUUGUAGAAUCUGUUUAAAACUAAAUGUGAUGUAUUGAAAAAUCGAGUUGGAAAUCGUGUACUUCUAUUGCUGUUAAAACACUUCAAAACUUGAGCUCAUUAGUAACUGUUUCUACAUCAUCAGAAAUCUGCAUAUUAAUUGAGAUCAAGUUUACUAUAUGCAUUUACAAAGCAUGUGAUUAUAAGGUUCAUUACUGUAGACUGGAGCAUUUGGGCCUAGUUAAGUUGACUUCUGAUUAAUUUUAAUAGUCUACACUAGUAAAGUUUAGUGACAUUGACUUGUCAGGAGGGUGUUUUUACAAUAAAGUCUAAUAUUUUAGUC